AUGGUCAUGGCCACCAAAGAAAGAGGAGUUCUGGGGGUUCUUAAUCUCAGAUUGAUAAAUCAAGUUCUUCUAGCAAAAUGGUGUUGGAGAUUUGGGAUUGAAAAGUCUCAUCUCUGGUACAAGCUUAUUGAAGAGAAAUGGAUCGGGGAAUCAUGUUUUAUGAAUUCUUUCAAGUCUUUGUACAAGCUGGGCAGAUUGCAGAAUGCUAGCAUUGUUGAGCACAUCAUAGAUGAUGGAUCAUGGAAGUUUGACUUCAAAAUAUGCCUGACCAAUGAAGAGUCUACCUUAUUGUGGACUCUACUGCAUAUCAUUGGUUCAAAUCCACCUACAUUUGAUGCUCUUACAUAUACCAGAAGAUGGCCAUUAACCACGAGUGGAACUUUUUCAAUCAAGUCUUUGUAUGCUAACAUGAUCAGUAAUGCUGGAGAUGAUAAUUACCCUUACAAAUUUGUCUGGCUUUCUGGUAUUCCUCCAAAGGUUAACUUCUUAUUAUGGUGUGCUGUUCACGGAAAGCUGAACUCUCAGGACAUGAUGCAGAUCAAGGGGAUUGAUAUCUAUAGCUCUUGUAUUCUUUGUGGGGAUUGUACAGAAUCUCAGGAUCUCAUUUUCAUCCACUGCAAAGUUGCACACAAGAUUUGGUGCUCUAUUACACCAAAUGAUCGAUGGGCAUGGGUAUUUCCAGAUUCAAUGAUUAAUUUAGCCAGAAUUUGGUUUCACAAUCACCUAUCACCUACUGGAAAGAUAGUUUGGAAUCUGAUUCUAGGAGCUAUUGUUUGGGUUUUAUGGAGGGAAAGAAACUGUCGCACUUUUGAAGAAAAGUAUACCUUCAAGACAGAUGAAGAGUUAUGCAAUGAAGUUAAAGCGCUUGUGUUAACUUAG